AUGAACGAUCAUACCAUUAAGCAACAAAAAUCCAUUCAAUAUCUUGGAAUAGUCAUAGAUGAAUGCCUUACCUGGCUACCUCAUCUAGAUUAUAUUAAAUCUAAAGUUUGUAAAAUAAUGAACAAUCUUCUUAGAUUACUUGGGAUGCCCAAACCAGUUCUGAAAGAACUUUAUAAACGUGCAAUAGAGCGUACCAUAGUAUACACAUGUCCUGCCUGGUGGUACCCACCUACGGUAAAAAUGCGAAACAAAACAAACUCUAUACAACGCAUAGCACUUCUUGCAAUGACCAAAAGCUAUAAGACUGCCCCUACUGCAGCUCUUCAAGUGAUUGCUGGAAUUAUGCCGCUUGAUCUUAAAUUGGACAUGGAAAGCAUCAUCCAACGUACCAAACGAGGAUGGACUGACUUUAAAUAUGAGGACUUAGAACUUUCACGGGAUCAGAUUGAAUUCCCAGUACCUAAAUGGCAUUCUCAUCCAGCUCAUAUUCAAGUCUUCGGAUGGGACAACAAGCCUCCAAUCAAUAAAGGUUUAGAAAUUUAUACGGACGGUUCAAAAAGUGAAGACGGCACUGGAGCUGGCUUCUGUUCCUUCAUGAAUGGAGUUUGUCACGAUCAAUUUAUGUUUAAACUGGAUAAGACUAGUACAGUAUAUCAAGCUGAAACUUUAGCAUUAAAGUCGGCAUUACUAUGGUUAAAAUCACACCCCAGUCCUGCGCAUAUAUAUUCGGAUAGCCAGGCUGUUUUAAAGUCUAUCCAUAAAUACAAUAUCUAUAAUCAGAACAUUAUCGCCAUAAAGAAAUUACUGGCUUUUACAAAAGCAAAGCUUCAUUGGAUAAGAGGACACCAAGGCACUGCCGGCAAUGAAAAAGCCGACGAGCUAGCCAAACAAGGGAUUUACUUGAACACGUACCUAGACUGCAAGAUCCCUAUGAGUAAUAGCAUCAUCAGGACGACAAACGUUCACACUUCUACCGAAUGUUUCGGAGAAACGGCAUUUCAGUGA